AUGCCCCUGGCCAUGUGGAAGGGCCUGGGUCUGAGUUUCACCACCGAUCCGGCUGAGAAAGUUCGAAAGAAGUAUCAGGGGUCCCUGGACGCCAUGAAUGCCCUGGAGUCUGGCCUGAAGUCCCUCACUGACGAGCAGCUCAGGACCAAGACGGAGGAGUUCAAGAAGCGCCUGGGGCGCGGCGAGACGGUGGACGACCUGCUUGUGGAAGCCUUUGCGGUGGCGAGGGAGGCGUCGAGCCGUGUGCUGGGCCUGCGCCCCUUUGACGUCCAGCUGCUGGGCGGCAUCCUGCUGCACAAGGGCGAGAUCGCCGAGAUGCGGACCGGGGAGGGGAAGACCCUCGUGGCGGUCCUGCCCGCCUACCUCAACGCCCUAGCCGGCAAGGGUGUGCACGUAGUGACGGUGAAUGACUACUUGGCCCGCCGUGACUCCGAGUGGGUGGGCCAGGUCCACAAGUUCCUGGGCCUGGAGGUCGGCCUGGUCCAGGAGGGGCUGGAUGAGGCCCAGCGCCGCGCCGCCUACCUGGCGGACGUCACCUACGUCACCAACUCUGAGCUGGGCUUCGACUACCUGCGUGACAACCUGGCGCAGGAGGCCGAAUCCCUGGUCCUCCGUGACUUCUCCUUCUGCAUCAUCGAUGAGGUAGACUCCAUCCUGAUCGACGAGGCGCGCACGCCGCUCAUCAUCUCCGGCCCCGCGGACCCUCCUGGGGACAAGUACUCCAAGGCCUGCCGCCUGGCCGCUGCACUGGUCAAGGGCGUGCACUACACCGUGGACGAGAAGCAGCGCUCUGUCCUCCUGACCGAGGACGGGUAUGAGGCAGCGGAGGACGUGCUCCAGGUGACAGACCUCUACGACCCGCGGGAGCAGUGGGCCUCCUACAUUAUUAACGCCAUCAAGGCAAAGGAACUCUUCUUGCGCGACGUCUCCUACAUCGUGCGCGGCGGCGAGAUCGUGAUCGUGGACGAGUUCACGGGGCGCACUAUGCCAGGCCGGCGCUGGUCCGACGGCCUGCACCAGGCAGUGGAGGCCAAGGAGGGGGUGGAGAUCCAGAAGGAGAGCGUCACCCUGGCCUCCAUUUCUUACCAGGCAAGGGCAGGGAACAUGAGGGGGCGGAAUUUCUUCCGGUCGUACCCGAAGCUGGCGGGCAUGACGGGGACGGCCGCCACGGAGGGUUCCGAGUUCGAGUCCAUCUACAAGCUGCCCGUGGCCGUGGUGCCGCCCAACCGCUCCGUGGCGCGCACCGACUACUCCGACGUCGUCUUCCGCCAGGAGAGCGGCAAGUGGCGGGCGGUGACGCAGGAGGUCCAGCGCAUGCACAAGAAGGGGCGGCCCGUGCUGGUGGGCACCACCUCGGUGGAGAAGAGCGAGCACCUGGCGAGUCUGCUGGGCGAACAAGGCAUCCCCUACCGCGUGCUGAACGCCAAGCCGGAAAACGUGGAGCGCGAGGCCGAGAUCGUGGCGCAGUCGGGGCGCAGGGGGGCGGUGACCAUCGCCACCAACAUGGCAGGGCGUGGCACUGACAUCCUGCUGGGAGGCAACGCAGGCAUGUGCCGAGGGCUUGGGUUUGUAGUUCUCAGGGAGUUCAUGGCGCGACUGAAGCUGAGGGAGGUCCUGAUGCCCCAGGUCGUGAGCCAGGUCGACCUUGCAGGCACGGCACCCAGCGCCCGCAGCAAAGCAAAGGUGAAGAGCUGGGCGGUGUCGCCCGAGCUCUACCCCACCAAACUGAAGCCAGAGACCCUGGCGCUCAUCGAAAAGGCUGUGGAGUCUGCUGUGGCAGCCUGGGGAUCCCGCCAGCUUGAAGCGCUGGACGCAGAGGACAGGCUGGCGUAUGCCUGCGAGAAGGCACCCACCAAUGACCCUGUCCUGAAUGAGCUGCGGGCUGCCUUCCUGGCAACAGAGGCGGAGUUCAAGGCGGUGACGGAGCUGGAGAAGCAGGAAGUGGUGGCCCUUGGGGGCCUGCAUGUUGUGGGAACUGAGCGCCAUGAAUCCAGGAGGAUCGACAACCAGCUGCGCGGUCGCAGCGGGCGGCAGGGCGACCCCGGCAGCACCCGCUACUUCCUGUCCCUGGAGGACAACCUCUUCCGCAUCUUCGGCGGCGACAAGAUCCAGGGCCUGAUGUCGGCCUUCCGCAUCGACGACCUGCCCAUCGAGUCCAAGAUGCUGACGGGCGCCCUGGACGGCGCCCAGCGCAAGGUGGAGGCCUACUUCUUUGACAUCCGCAAGCAGCUCUUCGAGUACGACCAGGUGCUCAACACACAGCGCGACCGGGUGUACGCAGAGCGCCGCCGCGCGCUCCUGGCCAAGAGCCUCACCCCCGUUAUGCUCGACUACGCCAGGAAGACCGUGGACGACAUCCUGGAGGCAAACGUGGAUCCCAGCACCCCGCAAGAUGGCUGGCCGCUGGAGGCUCUGGCCGCCAAGAUGCUGCAGUACUGCCCCCUCAUGACCGAUACGCUGAAGCGGACGGCAGAGGAGGGCGGCUUCGAGGGGCUUCGCACCCUGCUGCGGGCCAAGGGGGAGGCGACCUACCACAUCAAGGCUGAGCAGAUCGAGGCACAGGAGCCGGGGCUGAUGCAGCAGGCGCAGCGCUUCUUCCUCCUCUUGCAGAUCGACAACCUGUGGAAGGAGCACCUGCAGGCCAUCAAAUUUCUGCAGCAGGCGGUCUCCCUGCGUGGCUAUGCCCAGCGAGACCCUCUGGUGGAGUACAAGCUGGAAGCGUAUCGCCUGUACGUGGAACUGAUGGCCCAGAUCCGGCGAAAUGUGAUUUACAAUGUACGUCUGUUGUGGUGGAGGGCAGGCUGGGCUGGGGUUGAUCGCUGCCUAUAG